AUGGCUUCCGAAAAGGAACGUAAUAUCAUUAUUAUAGGAGGCGGCAUCAUCGGUUCCUGCUCAGCAUACUAUCUCACAAGACAUCCGUCCUAUGAUCCAUCAAUACACAAAAUCACUCUCCUCGAAGCAUCCGAAAUCGCUGGCGGCGCAUCUGGGAAAGCCGGCGGCCUACUCGCUUUAUGGGCUUACCCAAGCUGUAUCGUACCCUUGAGCUACAAAUUACAUGCCGAACUCGCCAAGGAGCAUAAUGGGAAGGAUAAUUGGGGAUACCGAGAAGUUAACUGUGGUCAACUAAUUGUCAAAGGUCGGGUUGUGGAUAAGCAGGAAGAUGCUGGCUCGGUGUCUUUGCAGAAGCGCGAUGCGACUGCGAUGGGUAAAUUGAGAGCUGCCGGUAUACCAGCAGAUUUGGAUUGGUUACACUCUGAUGGCAUUCGCGGUUACGAAAGUAUGAGCGGACCAGGGGAGACGGCACAGGUACAUCCUUACCAAUUUACGACGUCAAUUGCCAAACUCGCCGAGGAGAAGGGGAUCAAGAUUGUUCUGGGCAAAGUCACCAAAAUUAACGAGGACGCUGGCGGGGUUCAGUCUGUCACUUAUACAGACAAGGCCACUGGUGAAUCGCAGACUUUGCCGGCAACGGAGGUAAUUCUUUCAGCUGGUCCAUGGACGAAACGAGUGUUUCCUUCGGCGCCUAUAUCUGCCACACGAGCACAUAGUGUGGUUAUUCGACCAACAAGACCGGUGUCUGCGUAUACGCUGUUCACGAACAUCGAGUUACCCUCCAAGCACAACCCUAAGAGGUCGACGAUCGAGACGCCAGAGAUAUAUGCGCGCCCGGAUGCCACGGUCUAUGCAUGCGGCGAUGGAGAUCAUAUCGUUCCACUACCAGACACAACAGCGGAUGUCGAAGCCGAUCCCAAACGGUGUCAAGAAAUCAUCGAUUCGGUGGGCAGUAUCUCGGAUGAGCUGAGACUCGGCGAGAUCGUGAAGCAACAAGCCUGCUAUCUGCCAAACGUUGAUGUGCGCGGUGGUGGCGGGCCGUUGAUCGGAAAUUCGGGGACAAAGGGAUUGUAUGUUGCGACUGGUCAUACGUGUUGGGGGAUUCAGAAUGCUCCUGGGACUGGCAAGCUUAUUAGUGAGUUUGUUUUUGAGGGGAGUGCGAAGAGUGCGAAGAUUGCUGCUUUGGAUCCGCGGAAAUUCAUGUAG